GGGGCUUAGAAGUGGAUUUUGCUAAUUGUUACGUAAUAGAGAAAUUGUAUUAUAUAUGGACAUAGACAGACAGACGCAUCGAGAGAGAGAGAGAGAGAGAUAGGGUUUUGAAUCUAAUCCUUAAACUGAACAACUAAGUAUCAUCUUUCAAAGCUUCAGCUAAUUUUUAAUGGCCUCCAAUUCCAACAAAGAUGUUCCUUCUGAUGAGAAAACAGCAAAACCAGAAACAUCUUCUGGAGAAUCUCAGUCAGGACAAAGAAGAUCUCCCCCUUCUCCAGGACCUGGUGUUGUCCCCAAUCCUUUUGACUUCUCUGCCAUGACUGGCCUCCUUAAUGACCCAAGUAUCAAGGAAUUGGCUGAGCAGAUAGCAAAAGAUCCUGCAUUUAACCAGAUGGCAGAGCAGCUCCAGAAAACUCUUCAUGGUGUAGGAGCAGCAGCAGCUGAAGAAUCAAUCCCUCAGUUUGAUUCACAACAAUACUAUUCCACCAUGCAACAGGUUAUGCAGAAUCCUCAAUUUAUGACUAUGGCUGAACGCCUUGGCAAUGCAUUGAUGCAGGAUCCAUCAAUGUCCCAAAUGCUUGAGAGUUUGACAAAUCCGUCCCAUAAAGAUCAAAUUGAGGAACGAAUGGCACAAAUCAAGGAAGAUCCUUCUUUAAAGCCUAUUUUAGAAGAGAUAGAGUCCGGUGGUCCAGCAGCCAUGAUGAGGUACUGGAAUGACCAAGACGUUUUGAAAAAGUUGGGUGAAGCAAUGGGCCUUGCAGUUUCUGAAGAAGCAGCCUCUUCUGCAGAAAAUCCUGGACAGGAGGAAGCGGAAGAAGCAGGAAAUGAGGAUGAGUCAAUUGUUCAUAAUUGUGCUAGCGUUGGUGAUAUUGAGGGUUUGAAAGCUGCAUUAGCCUCUGGUGCUGACAAGGAUGAAGAAGAUUCAGAGGGAAGAACAGCAUUGCAUUUUGCUUGUGGAUAUGGAGAGGUGAAGUGUGCUCAAGUCCUUCUUGAGGCUGGGGCUACUGUUGAUGCACUGGAUAAAAAUAAGAAUACCGCCCUUCAUUACGCAGCUGGUUAUGGAAGGAAGGAGUGUGUUGCCCUUCUUCUGGAGAAUGGUGCUGCUGUUACUCUUCAGAACAUGGAUGGCAAGACUCCCAUCGACGUCGCCAAGCUAAACAACCAGCAUGAUGUACUAAAGUUGCUCGAGAAGGAUGCCUUCCUGUGAGUUGGAGGAUAAGCGAAAUGUGCAUGUUGUAGGCAACCAACAUAAGAGCGACACAAUGAUUUGUUCCCAAUGCUGCCUCUGGCGCUGUUGAUUGUUUGUUUACAUCAUAAGGUCGUUAUAGUCAGUAACAUAAUCAAUCUGUUUCUUCUUUCUUUUCCAAUAUCCUUCUUUUUGGGAUCUUUAGGGCAUGCCAUAUCAUGUUUUCUGUACCAUGGUUCCAAGUUUAGUUAUUUAUUACUGUAAACGUCUCUUACAUGGUAUUGUUUGGGAAUUCGUAUGCUACUUGUUUUAUCA